AGCCGUAGCUACCGCUGGUUAGGACUUGGUUCGCGGCAUGUGCUGGGAAAAGGUAGAGGUCCCGAUGGUAACGUUGGCGUCCAGGCUCAGCAGCUUAUGUUUUUAAAUUCUUUUUUUUCUUUUUGAAUCUUCAGGACGACUAGUCUCUCCACGGCUUACACAUUCGAGAUCAUGUUACUACAGAACCUCCCUUUUCGCACACACCCGCUCCCGCAGACGGCCGCCGUUUCCUUUACUGGGUUUUAGUUCUGUUGGCUGGGAACGUGGCAGCCUGCGAGCUGCCCCUCUGUCGGCCACUCUCCCCGUCCUCGGAGGGGCCGAUGGAGCUGGGCUCGGCCGGGGGCUCGGGGGCCGAGACGUCUCCCGCGGCCCUCCAGCACGCCCUCUCCCAGACCCUGCACCGCCUCGCUGGCCUCGAGGCGCGGCCCGGGAAGGCGUGGCGGGCGAUCCUUAAAGACGUCGCUGCUCUCGUGGAGGCCGCGGCGUGGCAGCAGCUGCUGGACGGGAGCGCCGAGGCGCCGCGCGCGCUGCCCGAGCUCCUGGGGCAGCUGGCCAGGGCGCUGGAGAAGGACGCUGCCCCACCCACGGAGGAGGCCCCUGGAGGUCAGCGGCGCCCCGAAGUGGCAGAGAAAGCGGCCGAAGUUGGGUCACUGUUUCUUAAGCUGCUGGGAAAGCUUGAAGCUGUCAAGAAUUCUCAGGCCUGCCCUGCGUGGGAAACAGCCCUGCGCCACUUGGCAGGCCCCUUUUAUAUUUUUGCCAUCACACACAGAUUGGAGCAGCCGUGGACCAGCCCAAGAUCUCAGGCUGUUGCUGAAGAGGUGCUGUCCUUACUGCUGCGAGUUUCUGGAUGCAGCUCUGUGGCAGAAUUCCUGUGCGGAGAGAAUGAAGGUGCGAGGGGGAGAUUUACGGCGGUAAUGGGGCUUCUCAAACCCCAUUUAAAUAAGGAAUCUUGGAAGAUAAACCCUGCUAUGAAACAUAUUUUUUCAUGGACUCUGCAACAGGUUACUCAACCCUGGCUGACUCAACAUCUGGAAAGGAUACUUCCCCCAUCUUUGUUCAUUUCAGAUGAUUAUCAGACUGAGAACAAAGUCCUGGGUGUACACUGUCUCCAUCAUAUUGUGGCUAAUGUGCCAGCUGCUGACUUGCUCCAGUAUAACAGAGCCCAGGUCCUAUACCAGGCCCUUUUCAAUCACCUGUACAUGCCAGAGCACCACCUCAUUCAGGCUGUGCUUCUGUGUUUGCUGGAUUUAUUCCCAGUCCUGGAGAAAGGCCAGCAUUGGAGCGGAGAUGCAGCUCGAGCCAGUAUGCACUGUCAUGAGGUGCUCCAGCUGGUCCUCACCCACAUGGAGCCAGAGCAUCGCCUUCUGUUACGGAGGACUUAUGCCAGACACUUACCAGCUUUUGUAAAAAGGUUGGGAAUCUUAACCGUUUGGCACUUGAAGAGGCUGGAGCGAGUUAUUGUUGAUUAUCUGGAGGUUUAUGAUGGACCAGAAGAGGAGGCUAGAUUGAAAAUACUGGAAACCCUAAAACUUGUCAUACAGCAUACAUGGCCCAGAAUUUCAUGCAGACUUGUAGUCUUACUAAAGGUUCUCUUGAAACUACUGUGUGAUAUAGCAAGGGAUACUAGCCUGACACCUGAGUCCACUAAGAAAGCCCUGCUGCAGGAGGCCACACACUGCUUGAUUCUCCUGGACCACUGUUCGCAAGGACAGGUAAAGGGUCUUCUGGCCAAAAUUGUUCUAACAUGCGAAGACAGCACGGUGGUGAGCUGUAUCAGACAAGUGCAGCAGGAUUCUGCAGCUGCUCCGUGCCAUGUCACAUGAGAUUAAUUUUCCAAGAGCUAAAUUUCAUUCCUGUGCCAGAUUGUAUGGAUAGUUAUAAAAGGUAUUUUCAUAGGAAA